AUGACAACAGGCGUACUAGAAGCGCUCCAUAUCUACGAUGAGCACAAACGUGCCAUUCUCUCUCAUACCUACAACUCGCGACCUCUAUCAGCAGCCCACCUUCUCCCCCUCUAUCUUAGCGAGCCAGCACCGCGGCCAAAUCUGAUAUAUCUAUCUAACACGAAUCCUCCGACGCUUGUCUUCAGUCUGACCCAUGCGAACCUGUUAUACCUAGCUACCUCUUCUUCGGAAAUCGAGCCCCUCCUCGUCCUCGAGUUCCUACACCGAGUCAUCGAUGCGCUCGAAGAGUUUCUAGGAGCACCUGUACUGGCGCAUAAAAUUGAAGCAAACUACGAUGUCGUGGCUCAGCUCCUGACUGAGAUGUGCGAUGCCGGCACAAUCAGCACCACUGAACCGAACGCCCUCCGAGAUGUGGUCGAGGUGGAAGGCCUGCUGGGCAAAUUCUUCGGGAGUCUCAGUCUCCCCAGCAAGCCGUCAGGACUCGGGCCAAAUUUUGGCAACUCGAGCUCGCCGCCGUUGAUCACACAAAAUGCCCCCGCAUUGCCAUGGAGACGGGCGAAUGUACGGCACACCUCUAACGAAAUUUACGCCGAUGUCGUGGAGACCCUGACGGUCACUCUGGCCCCCUCUGGCCGGCCGAUUGCGGCUUUUGCGAAUGGGACCAUCGCAUGCACUUCCAAGGUCUCUGGUGUCCCAGAUAUCGUCUUGAAUAUUACAGGUCCGUCAGGCAAACACAACAUUGCCACCUUUAUGGAAUUGCCAGUGUUCCACCCUUGCGUGCGGUUAAAUCGUUGGAGGGAGAAUCCUGGAGAGCUCAGCUUCAUCCCCCCAGAUGGCCGCUUUAUCCUUGCUGGGUAUGAGGUAGAUCUGCUACCUUUCACCAACGGCAAGAGCGGCAAUUGGAGCUCGAAUAAUCUCAAACUGCCCGUCAGCAUCGAGGUAAGGACUGGUCUUGGGUCGACCGGCUCCGAAUUCGACAUCCGACUCAAUAUCAACAAGACACUUGGCACUGUUGGCCCGUCAGGUUCAGCUGGCCGAGGAGGGAAUUCUAAACCUGGUACCGUUUCGUCUCCAUCUCUUCACGAUUUGACAGUGUCCGUUCCGCUGCCUUCCGAGGUUAGAAACCUUUCCGAUGUGCGGCCAAGCAAAGGCGACGCGAGUUACAAUCCCGGGGACAAGUUCCUCGAAUGGCAUGUCCCACAAAAGGAGCUAUCAUCAGGGAUCUCCCACUUUAGUCUUAAAGCCACGGUUCAGGGGCCGUUUACCGACGACGGUGAAGACGAUGACCCGAACGGCUUUGGUUUUGGAAAAGACUACUCAUAUGAUGAACCUUACCAGAAUACUCCCGACGCCAAGGCUACGACUAAAACGCAAGGCACCGACGACGAGAAGGAUGCGAAGAAGGCAGCGCAGAAUAAGAUUCUGAUGCCCAGUUCUGCGUCCAUCAGUUUCUCGGUCAAGGGGUGGGUGCCCUCUGGAGUCAAAAUCGACAGCAUUGUCGUUGACCCUAAGAGGAGUCGAGGACUGGGAGAUGGAGUGAAGCCGUACAAGGGUGUCAAGUACUUGACCAUCAGCAAGGGUGCCCGUGUAGCUCACGGCCUUGUGCCCCACACCCAUGACUCGACUCUACGGGUAGCUUCAGCGACGUCACGUCUUGCUCAAUUGUGCUCUGGGAGCAAUGAGUGGCGACACGCCUCAACGGGCAAGAGAUUGCGGCCGCGGACGGCUAUCUUCUUCCCAGGGCAAGGCGUCCAGCGAGUUGGCAUGCUAACUCCCUGGCUCGAAGCAUUUCCGCGCACAGCACAGCCUAUAAUGGAUGAAAUCGACUCAUUACUUGGCUUCAAACUCUCCGACAUAAUACGUGAUGGUCCCUCCAAAGCCCUUACUGCGACGCCGAAUGCUCAACCGGCCAUAAUGGCAACCAGUAUCCUAAUUCUACGAAUACUGGAACGCGAAUUUGACUUCAAAGUAGCAGAGCGUAUUGACGUCUCGUUGGGUCAUUCUCUGGGCGAAUUCGCCGCUCUGGUCGCCGCUGGUGUGCUGACGUUCGAGGACGCGCUGUACAUGGUGCGGAGGCGGGCAGAAAGCAUGGCCGAGGCCACACGCGGCGCUAAGGACAAGUGGGGUGGCGAGUACGGCAUGGUUGCUAUUAUUACCGAACCGGGAUACUUGGAAUCGCUCAUCGAAGCCAUCGACGACUUCGUCGGUUACCGUAGCGCCGGGGCGCGGAGUGAUCACGCCGAGCACGUGCAACCCAUCGACCAGGUGCUGAUUGCGAACAUUAACUCGAAGAACCAGAUCGUGGUGUCUGGCAACUUGGCCAAGAUUAAUGAGUUGAUCACGCAUGUUCGCCAAUUUCUAGGGCAUGAUCCAAGGGCUGUGCCGCUGAGGAGCGACAGUCCAUUUCAUAGCCCCAUUAUGCGGCCUGCUGUUGCCGUGAUGCGCGAGCUGUUAGCUGGUAAGAGCCGAGUGAAGGGUCGCGAGGAUAUGGAUGUGGUUACAAAUCUUGGGGUAGUGCCUUGUGUGAGUAAUGUGACUGCGCGGCCGUUCGGUAGUAAGGAAGAAGUGAAGGAUUUGCUGGCCCGACAAUGUCUCGAGACGGUGAAGUGGUGGGAUAGUAUCAAGUAUCUGGAUCAAGAAGAGAAGGUUAGACGGUGGAUUGGGAUUGGUCCGGGCAAGGUCGGCAGGAAUCUUGUGGGCAAGGAGGUGGGCAUGAAAGGUAUGAGCGAGGUUAAAGGCGGGGGCGUAUGGGCUAUUACUGAUCCGUCUGAGAUUGAGGAGGUGUUGAGCGGGCUUGAGAAGACGGAAUCAUUAACUGAAGAGGAGGAACCGUAA